AUGUCUGACGCGCAACCCCCUCUUACUUGGGAAACAUCAACCCACACUCAGCCUCAACUGGCUACCUCUUUACCCUCUGAAGUCGUCAACUGCCUGGAGAAUGCUCGCUACCUUCAUCUGGCAACCUGCACAGAGCUGCAACCGCAUGUUGCCCUCAUGAACUACACCUACCUUGCCUCACAUCCCUUCGCCAACUCUGCCUCGCAAAUGCCGGCCGGUCCCGUGAUCAUCAUGACUUCGAACCCUGCCUCGCGCAAGACUGUCAACCUCACCGCAAAUCCAAACGUCUCGCUCCUUGUACACGAUUGGGUCUCGCAUAGACCUGCUACCAACAACAGAAACUCGUCACCCGAAGGCCGUAGAGCUCCUGGCCGUAGCUCCCUAGCUGCCCUGCUUAUGGGCAUGAAUACAACUCAGAUGGGCUCAAUCAGUGCCACCAUUAACGGUACUGCUGUCGUCUUGCCGGUCGGAUCAGAAGAAGAGAAGUGGUGCAAGCUACAGCAUCUAGAGAACAACACUUUUGAGAGGGAGGAUGCAUCACAGAACGUUCUAAGCCGCUCAACGAGCAACCCUGAGGAAGAAGAGGCCAACAGACAGUCCUUCUUGCAGGACGAGGAGAUAAGAGUAGUCGUUGUCAGGAUAAGAGAAGGCAGAAUCGCAGACUGGAAGGGAGGUGUCAAGGACUGGGUUCUUGCUCCUACUACCGAGGGUGCUGGCAACCUCGUCAAUGGUCUAUGA